ACACAAGAAAAUGAAUUGAAUUGGCAUGAUCAGUUGGACUUCUGUCAUGAGCUUUUGUUGACUACCCGUACUCCAAUCUCCAAUUGGUUGCAUAUGAACAAAAUCGAUUCCAUCUCAACGAUUUAGGUUUAUGAUUCGUCUGCUGUUGUAGUUCAAGUUCAAUUCAGAAAGAAAUGGACAAUCAAGUCAUAAUCGCAGUUUUAAUCUCGUUUUUCAUCGCCUUUAGAGCUUACAGGAAGAACUCUCUAGAUGUUUCCGGCGCAUUCGCCGGGUUCUUUGUUAUGGUUGUUCAUCUCUCCGUCAAUUACAGGUUUGGAGCGAUGUUGUUAGCCUUCUUCUUUUCAUCGUCGAAGCUUACUAAAAUGGGGGAGGAUAGGAAGCGGAGUUUUGAUGCUGAUUUCAAAGAAGGAGGUCAACGAAAUUGGAUACAAGUUCUAUCCAACAGUGGAAUUGCUACCGUCUUAGUUGUAGCAUUCUGGAAUUUGACAGGAUCACAGGAUACAUGUUUGAACUCAAAAGAAUCAUAUCUCAUAACAUCUCUUGUUGGUGGCCUGAUUGGUCAUUACUCAUGUUGUAAUGGAGACACUUGGUCCUCUGAGCUUGGGGUACUAAGUGAUGCACAACCACGGCUAAUCACUACGUUUAAGCCUGUUCGUAGGGGUACAAAUGGUGGUAUAACAAAAGCCGGUCUUCUAGCAGCUGCAGCAGCAGGAAGUGUCAUUGGACUAGCAUUUGUUUUACCUGGACUUUUCUCAACAAGUUGCACAAAUGAUGUGUUCUUGAAACAAUUACUCGUGAUACCUCUUUCAACUCUAGCAGGACUUGCAGGAAGUCUAAUUGAUUCCCUUCUAGGAGCAACUCUGCAAUUUAGCGGAUUCUGUAGUGUCCGUAAUAAGGUUGUAUCGAAACCAGGACCAACGGUGAAGCGGAUCUCGGGUCUGAGAAUUCUGGACAACAAUGGUGUGAACCUUGUAUCAAUAUUGUUGACUUCAAUGUUGACCUCCUUCAUCUGCUUAUACAUCUUCUGAAGCUGGCAUAUGAAGUAAAAUCAUGUGAGUUGACAGCACAAUUUUUACCCUUUUAAAAUUCUGUCAAAUAGUGCCUGCAAUUCAUGUUGUAUCCUUCAUUCUGAAACCUAUGGCAAAUUCUCAUCAAUAAUCACCAAUCACCAUUGAUUUGAAUU